ACCCUUCUGGCUGCAGUGCACCGCUGUUGUGAGAAUGGUUUCAACUUGGACCUUGGUAGCUCAUUUGACCAGGUCAUCAAUGAGCGCCUCGUUCUGGAAUAUCCCGGUUUACAUGAUAGCCGAAUCCUCCACCAAUUAGAGUGUUUGUUUUCAGGCUCACGUAAGGCAGUGAGCCCUGCAGCUGGUAACUUGAUCACGACUAUCAGGAGAAGUCCACACUAGCAGAUGGCCCUUUGACAGCAAAAGGCCGUCAAUGUGGUAUUGUGUGCGUCAUGGCUUCUCCCGCGCUGUUAGAACUACUACCCUGCCUCGAACCAAGUCACGAGAGAGCUUUCAAAAGGCAUUCCCAUGGCCUACCGAACUACGUGCAAUGACACGGCACUCACGUCAAGAACUACAUUAUUCUCCAUUCAGCUCGAAUCCGCCCUCGGGUUGCCGUUGCCCCUCGAUGCGACCGUAUUCCACGGGCGCUUACAUGCUUUUAAGUCUAAAUUGUUUCCUCAAAGAAAACAAGAACAUGUUCUCGAGAGAAAAACAGAUCCGGGGUUUACCCUGGAUCACUAUGUUUAGCUCACUAAUAAAAGAACCGCUUAGAGCUUGCAAAUCUACUACGCGAGUUCAUCAUCAUAAUUUCGACGGGGUUCCAUCCUAUCGUGAUGAUCAUGAGUGUGCUAAAUUGUUUCGAGAUGCUACACAUCGGUCCGAACAUCGCAAUAUUUCAAUGCAGGAACGUCUUACGGUGGGAAGACAUGGAUGCUCCGAGGCCGAUGAUUGUGUACUCAUCUUUAGCCACCGGUGCAGGUGUCUGUGCUGCAUCUGUGGCGUGAAGACAAGGAUGUCAUCAUUAUCACUGCAGGAACAGACGACUGUGGGAACUCGAAGAGCUAAGAAAGCUUUCUGUGAAGCGUUCCGAGGUCGUCGUGUACUCCAUGAUGGUCACUGGUCCAGAAUCUCAUACCUUGGUGCCCGUGGAGCAUAUCGUCAUCAUCAGCGUCAUCACCAUUAAUAGGGCCGCCGUCAGGUGUUCCAACGCGGAACGAGCAUCCUGAGCGAACACCAACGAAACGUUACAAACGUAGCUUUGACUACUCGUGUGGAAGUGGUGGUAUCGACGAUAGUGACUGGCUACAGGCCUCGAGGCAGAAGCAGAGCUUCUCGC